UGUAAUUUACUUUCGAUCGUAAAUCAUUAAUAAGUCAAAUGCAAGGGUAAAUGAGGUCCAAAUGCAUAGAAUUUUGGAAAAAGUCAUAUAUUUUGACACAAAAUAAAAGUUCCAAAACCUCGUAUAUAACAAUACAGAGGGAGUAUAUAUUAAGAACUGAAACAGAACUCAAAAUAAAUUGAAGAAAAAACAUUGACUAUUUUUUUUUGGAGAAAAAAUGACAUAGAAGAUCUGAGUUGGAUAAAAACUCAUAUCCCUGGAUUAUGUGGUAUAUUUGGAAAGCAAAGAAUGAUAAACUUUUCAGAGGAAUAGACAGAAACCCCUUGAAAACUGUCCGACAUACUGAAUUAGAAUGCAAAACAGCAAAUAAGAGGAACAAACAGUUAGAAUAACCCCCGGAGCACAUAACAAAUUCAGAGAGAAGUCUAAUAGAUGGUUCAUGGACACAUGACACAUUCUUUAGUAGUUAUGGGUGGACAUGGAAAACCUCAGGAGGAGCAACUCAACUAUUGGGAGCAAGAAACCAACGCCGAAGAAUCUCACCACUUCAUUUUGAGCUUGAGACCCUUUUAUGGGUGAUGGAGUGCAUGCUUCAACUAUCGACGUGUCAGGCUUUUGGCACCGAUUGUAAGGAUCUCAUCUCAAUGAUUCAAGACCCAGGAGCAUGGCCCAACUUCUCCACUGAACUAGAUGAGCUGCAGAAGCUGAAGAGCAUAUUCCCAGAGUUCUCAUAUUGUUUUUAUUCCUCGAACUGAAAAUGUAUCGUCUGAUUCAUUAGCUAAUAUACCGAGAUCCUUUCAUAGGAACCUGUAUUACAUUGGUUGUUUUAUUCCAGUCUGUUUUCCCAGACCACCUCAAGCUUGAGUAAUAGAUCAGCCGUCCGAUGUAAAAAAAAUAAAUAAAUAAAUAAAUUGAAGAAAAAACAUAUGGUUUUGGAAAAUACUCUUUCAUGAAAAAAGAACAAAAGCAGAAAACAAAAAACAAAAAAACAAAAAACAAAAACGAAAGAUUGAAUCUCUAUAGCAGCUUCAAGACAAAAACAAGAAAUUGAUGGUGUAGCUUUUUCUUAACUAGUAAUGGUGUAGUUAUGUUGUGAAAGUAGUGGUUACACCUAAAUCACUAAUCUAACUUUAAAACCCUUUGACGUUUGUUAAGAAAAAACAGGUAGAAACUCCUCUUGUAUCUCUUCUUCUCCAUCAUGCUAACUAGAAUCAUUUUCCUCAUCGCCGUCUCUACUUCUGUUAUCGUCGUCCUUCUACUUGCUUUAUUCUCUCCCGUUCCUGAUUACGACCCACCAGAAUCACUAUUCUCCUUCUCUCUCUAUGUUCAACAAACCCAAAUCCCGUCCUCCUCCUAUAUCUCUCGCAGGUCAAGUCAACGCAUGGCGGAGACCCACCGCAGAGGAGGCGGAGGAGGAGGAGCAUUGAUUUUCCGGCGUACUCUUACGGAGGGACCCGAUAACAAUUCUCGGAUCGUGGGGAAAGCUGAGGGAUUUAUAAUCCCGCAUGAAGACUUUGCUAAUUCGAAUUUUAACGUUAUAUAUUUGACGUUGGAGAGUCCUGAGUACACGGGGAGUGUUAGUAUUAGAAGCAGAGACAUGGCACAUAAAUUGGAAGAGGUUAUGAAGGUUGUAGGAGGGACAGGAGCUUUUGCCUUUGCUCGUGGAAUUGCCAUGUUCGCUGAAGUUGGUGCUGAGGAAGAAGCUGUAACUUACCGUGUUAAACUUCUGCUUAGAUUUCCACAUACUUCUAAAAUCGAUUCACAAUGAUGGACACUUUUUGUUUUUACAUAUUAAUAAAUUUAUAUACGCAUUAAAUACUUAUUCUGUAACGGCCAGGACUUUUAGAACCGGUUUGGUUUACUUUUUUCUUUUAAUUAAACUCACUAACCCGUAGUUUCUUUUUGGGUUAAUUAAUUAUCUCAACCUUUUGUUUUUGUGAACCAAACCAUGCAUCAUAUCUAAACUAUUAAAACAGGAAUACAAAUAAGAUUUAACCCUGAGUUUUCCUCAAUAAUUACAAUCUAAUGCCAUUGAAAUUAAAACACGGUCAUUUAAUGCAUUAGCUACCUAAUUCUCAUCGUUCGCCAGCCCUAACCCAUAUUAUUUUCUGUAUCUCCACGAAAGAAGCCUUCACGAUGAAAGAAGCCUUCACGAUGGAAGCGUUCUUCGACGUUCGAAUCAAAGAUGAGGUGAUGCUGCUCUUAGAUAGAAACUGUGAGUUCACAGGAAACUUGGUGUCAAAUUGGAUUUGAGGAUAAACCAUGUGGAACUUGGAUUAAGUUUGGUGAUAUCAGAUUCUGAUUUCAAGGUUAUUUCCAAUUCAAAAUCACACCAUUUUAAUCUUCUAGGGUU